AUGCUUACAUCUGUGUGUCAAAAGUUGAUCAUUUUCAUCUCGCUUUACCGUUCUUUUAUAAGUAGUACAAUUAUCUCAAAGCGAGAAUUAAAAGAUCCCAGGACAGUUUUAGGAGAGGUUUUAUCUUUUAAAGCCAAUGAAGCGUACAAUUUCUAUGACGAGGAUUACAAAUCGACUCACCAAGUGCCUUUCCGAGACUUACGAACGUUGACAGAAAUACCAGAUUUCGAAACAUAUGGAUUUACUUAUGUCACCAAGAGACAUGUGGAAGGAAUCGAGACUUUGAAACAGUUAUCUGAUCAGCAUGGAGCUGCCUUGAAAGCAGAUUCAGUCAAACUUGUUAAAGAUUUGACGGGUGCUACAUCAGCAGUCUCCUAUUCAAAUCAGUUUAGACACCACACAAAACGAUUUUCAUCACAAACACUUCCAAUGAUACACUCAGAUUUGUCAACAGCAGGGGCCAAAUUCAUGAAAGGUCACCUCCAAGAAAGGUUUUUGAAAUCAGAGGAUCCAAUAGAACAAGAAUUCGGAGAACAUCUAUCAAGAGGAGGUGAAGAUGUUGUGAUUUUUAAUGUUUGGAGACCGAUUCAAAAGGUUAAAGACAAUCCUCUUGGGCUUUGCAAAUGGGAUUCAGUCUCAAAGGAAGAUCAAUUGAAUUGGAAAAUUAGACCAGAUAGGCAAUCAAACUCGAUUCAAGUAUGGGACUAUAAACCAACUCAACAAUGGUUCUACUUAUCUGAACAAGAACCUCAUGAAGUUUAUGUAUUCAUCCAACACGAUAGUAGGGCGGAAGAUGGUCAUGGUAUCAGUGUUCCACAUGCUUCAUUUAGGUUUGAAGAGGAUUAUAAGAAUCAACCUAAACGAAUGAGUUUUGAAUCUAGAAUCAUUGCAAUUGUUCCGAAAAAAGAUAAUAAUUAG